AUGACUAAAGCGUUUUGGAUAACCUUUGCAGUGUUCUCGCCAUGCCACAGCCCUAUGGUGGUAUUUAUAAUUUUUUUAUGUGUUUUAUCAAUUUUUAGGCACAUAUUUUAUUUCAUUAAAACAGGGAGUUUACAAUGCGUCCAGAUUAAGGCAUUUCCCUUGUUACAAAAUGUGCAAGAGAAGAUGGCUCAUGAUCGAGUUCAUAGCUGUCACUAAUCUUGCACAAUCAGAUUCCAUAAUCAUCUUUUCAAAGGAGAGUUCACAAGCCCAUUGCAAAGCUUUGCGCAAACAGCAUGCCUCUGAAAUCUUCUUGCACAUGGGCCCCUAACCUUGGCAAGCCAUGGUUGCCACCACUUCCCCUAAGCUCUUCCUUGCAAUGGCUCCCAUGCCAUAAGCUCGUUGAUGAGUUGAAAUUGCCCCAUCGAUAUUUAUCUUCACAUGAUCUCCACUUGGAGGAGUCCAUCUCGUUUCCAUCCUUUGGGAUGCCGAAGGUCUUCUACUCUGUAAGGCCAUUGCUCGAUUUUCCAACAGAGCACACAGAAGAGUUCAAGCUAUUCCUUUUGCAAAAGAUCCAUCAUACAGUCAAGGAAAGAAGCUGUAAUUGCACCAAACCAGAAGCCCUUGUUCAGUCCGCGUCUGCACUCCGGAUUGACCUGCAAAGCCCUGAGGUGGAACUCAGGGUAGACACUUCAAUGCUUAAGUCAAUAAUAAUCGGGGUUACCUUUAGAGCAGAGAUAAUAGGAGCUUAGGGUUGGUUUUAAUUACCUUUUUGAUGUGGCCCCUAGGGGGUAUUUAUAGGCUUCAGUGAGGAACCCACGUGGCAUGCCAAGCAAGAUAGUCGGAGCCUGACGUGUAUCCAAAUGGUUAUUUCGGGACCGAGAAUUUGAGAGAUAUUCAAAUGCAAGGAUGCCUAUCAUAGCUACUGUGCAUCUCAUUAUAAAGAAUCAGGUGCGGGCAUGCUUACUGUUGUUGUCAAUGUAGUUAUUUGAGCAGGAAUCUUUGGAUUUAUCCUUCACUUCAGUCAUAAAGGAAUUACUGUCAU